UUGUGGCUGCUGAAGAGUGUGGGCAAAGGAACGACGAGGGGGUCGCUAAAAACGAAAAAGAAACAACAUUUCUGCGUUAAAACACCACCGACAGGGUUUUGCGGCUCAACAUUUCUCCAGUACCGAAUCGGGUCUUUAGUUAUAGACCAUCAUGCAGACUGCUGUGGAGGGCCUCCAGAGUUUAUACGAUAAGCUGAGGAUGCAAGUUGACCUUCUCAACGAGAAUAUUGAACCAAACUUCAUCCAGCUGGCACAAAACUUUGAUGACUGUCGUCGCAAAUGGCUGAGAGCAGAACAAGACCUGGGCUCCUGCAAGGAGGUGCUCACCAAAGCAGAGACGGAGAGGGGAGCCUUGGAGGUCAAACUGAAACACGCCCGCAACCAAGUCGAUAUCGAGAUCAGGCGCCGACAGAAGGCGGAGGCCGACUGUGAGAAGUUGGACCGUCAAAUUCAGCUGAUCCGGGACCUCCUGAUUAGUGAGGGAUCCUCCAACAGCCUCCAACUGAGUGCAGAGCAGCGCUCAGCUCUUGCCUUCCUGAACACAAACUGCCAGGCAGCAGCCAGCCUGAAUACCAGCCGAAGACUGACUACGAUAGAUGAGUCCGCCUCCAUCUUGUCAGAUAUCAGCUACGACAAAACAGAUGACUCCCUCGACUGGGACUCCUCCACUGUGAGGACAGUGCGCCUCAAGAAAAGAGAGAAGAGGCGCUCCUCGAGAAAUCAUGUCGAUGGUCCCCCAGUUGCCUCCAAGCGGUCUCGAUCAACAGGCAGAACUUUAGAGAGGGGAAAUGAGACCAUUGUGACAAAGACCACAGUGACUGUCCCUGGGAAUGGAGGACCUGUUGAGGCCGUUUCUACCAUUGAGAGUGUUCCUUAUUGGACCCGCAGCAGGAGAAAGACUGCUGCCAUGGAGUGGGACUCUGAAUCUGUCCAGUCUGAGGAUGUCUUUAAGCAGCCUGGCAACCCCGAGGGAGAGAGGAAAGUGGCACCCAGCACUCCGCAGAGCCACGGGGGUGUUCGUCUUCACGAGUUUGUCUCCAAAACUGUCAUUAAGCCGGAAUCGUGCGUACCUUGUGGAAAGAGGAUCAAGUUUGGCAAGAUUGCACUGAAGUGCCGUGACUGCAGGGUGGUCUCUCACCCCGAGUGUCGCGAGCGUUGCCCCCUGCCAUGCAUCCCCAACAUGGGCGCCACACCGGUCAAAAUUGGAGAGGGUGUGCUUGCAGACUACGUGUCUGACUUAUCACCCAUGAUUCCACCUCUCGUAGUCCACUGCAUCAGUGAGAUCGAGCAAAGGGGCCUGCAUGAGGCUGGACUCUAUCGUCUGUCCGGUGCGGAUCGCACAGUGAAGGACCUGAAGGAGAAGUUCCUGCGCAGCAAAACGGUUCCCGUUCUCAGCAAGGUGGAUGACAUCAAUGCCAUCACUGGCCUCCUCAAGGACUUCCUGAGGAACCUCAAGGAGCCUCUUCUCACCUUCCGCCUCAACCGUACUUUCAUGGAGGCAGCCGAGGUUUCAGACGAUGACAACAGCAUAGCGCUGAUGUACCAAACCAUCAGUGACCUGCCGCAGCCCAACAGAGACACACUGGCUUUUUUAGUCCUUCACCUUCAGAGAGUUGCUGACAGCUUGGACACUAAGAUGAACAUCAGUAACUUGGCUCGAGUGUUUGGACCUACUAUUGUGGGUCAUGCUGUUCCCAACCCUGAUCCCAUGACGAUGCUGCAGGAUACCAAACGACAACCCGGGGUUGUGGAGCGCCUGUUGGCUCUGCCGGUGGAUUACUGGGCCCAGUUUGUGAUGGCGGAAAGCUAUCCGACUAACUUGGACCACCUGAUCAUCGAGAACGCAAACUGCUAUGCCACCCCCGAGAGAAUGAGCAUGCUGGGACCUCUGACUACUCCAGAGCACCAGUUCAAUAAAACCCCCUCCUCUAGCUCCUUGUCUCAGCGCAUGAAGUCUAGUCUGACACCCAGAUUUGGGAGCAAGAGCAAAUCAGCAGUCGGAUUGUCUCGUCAAGGAAAAUUCUUUGCGUCUCCACUCCUUAAAUAAUCCAAAGCAGCUGUGCUACACUUCCUGAUACUACGAUAACAACCAACAGAUAUUGUUUUUAUUAUGAUGGUACCGCUCCUCCAGUCGCUAAGUCUUCUUAUAAUCGUUUUUUAGUGUUUCACAAUAGUCAGAGUUGUAUUUCUGUUAUUUUUUACGUGUUUGUAAAAGGAUACCGUUUUUUUUAACCAAAUCGUUUUUCCUAUCUAUGCACACUCGUGUGUCUUUAGAGCUAAUUGUUUAACAAGGCAUUCUACGUUCACCUCUUCACACAUGAGAAUGUACCGUUUGUUGCUCUUUGUGAGAAAUAUGCGCAGAGGUAAAAAUAUGUAUAUGCAGUUUUAUUGUGACCUGCUUCUAAAUUCAGUCAUUUCUUUAGACAGUUUGUCAACUCAUGUGUCACUCAGAAGUUGAAUAACUGAUUCUCAAGCAUUUCAUUCUAGGUUGUAAUUGAAUGUGUGUGUGACUGCUAGUAAGAUUAUCUUUGAUGUUUUUUUGAUGUUUGUAUUCUAUUUCUUUUGCAUUUUGAUUGUCUUCAUCCUCCAGAGAAUUGUAAAUGUUUACAAGCUGGCUUGCCCUUUCCUUUUCAUACUACAACCAGUAGUUAUAAGAUGUUAAUAUGGAUCUUCUGCAAGCAAUUGGCAUUAGUCUCUUGAGAACAGGGACAUCAUUUUUAUACCUUCACUUCCAGUUGUUUAACACGGCCAGUGAUCAGGAAUAUUUACUGGUUUAUGUCACAGGCUGUAAUCUCUGCCAGAUGAUUUUGCUUCUCUAAUGUUUAUUGCUCUGUGUAAUGUUUGUACUCCGGGUGGACGCUUAUGAGCAGUCCCACGCGAGAGGCAAUUACUUUCUAAGAUUAGCCAGUUAAGUUGCCGUGGCAUUACUUGAUUCACUAUUGGUGCAAGUUUUGUACACAAGUUCAUGCAUUAAAAGUCAUGUCACUUUUAAAAUACAGUUCUAACCUUUA